AUGGGGCCUACACCGCCUGGGUCUUCGGUUGGGUUUCAGGGUGACAAUGUUGGGCAAUCAUCGUCACGUUGUAUGAGAUGUACGCGUCCCAACCCAGCAUCGAAUAGCCAGUCACAACGGGAAACCAAGGACGCUAACUGCUCAUAGUGAAAGUAUCCUAUGCGUUUGACGAUAAGAAUAAAUCAAACUGCCUCGCGAGGUGGCCGCACUUGAUUACCACCAGGGUGGUCGAGCUGGAUAAGGACACGAUGGUGGGAGCUGUAGAGUUCAAGACUUGCAUAUUGAGCAUGAUUUCUGCCAGGUUAGGAUCAUUACAUCUGUGUGGGGAUUGGAGUGGCUGAUUUGCGGGAACUUGGCUCUUCCCUUCCUUUAGUCCUGAACUCGUGGCAACUCUUGGGCAGGAUUACUCGGUCUACGCGUUCGAUUAUUCCGAGGUUGGGGUUCCUCUGGUUGGUUGUGGCAUGCUUUCGUGGGCGAUGGCGACUGUCAAUUCGAACAAUCCCUCGACAAACGCUUCCAUGAUCACGGGACGUGUUGUGUCCAACAGCUUUGGCUUUUUCAGCAACGAUGGAGUCAAGGAGACCUUGAAUGUCAAAUUGAAGCUUACGCCGGUCGAUACUUUUACCCAAGCGCAGUUUGUCGAAUCGGUGCAUGCAUACAACGCCCUUUCGAAGGUGAUACCCGGUGGUUUCGAUGCGUCUGCUUGGACGAAUUACCUUAAUGCAAACCCGCGUAUAUUGGCCCCUCCCGGAGGCUCAACGCCGGCUACAUCUAAGCUUUCUCAGAAGGGCGCUACUCUUCAACCACCGCCAUCCAGCAUGGGAGAUUGCAAUCCUACUUCUGGGGAGGAGAAUGGCGAACCUCCACAGAAGAAGGCUAAGACGGGGUCGGGUAAGGCGAGGAAGCCUAAUAAUGGUAAUCGGAAGAAGAAGGUGGCUGCCGCGGCAGCGCCCGGGGCUCCCCUUGAGUCAAUUCCGGAGAUGAUUCCGUUGCCUCCACCCCCUCAAGUGAAGGAAGAUAUAUCACCUCCACCUCCUCCUUCGCAGCCGUCCCCUACACCGACACCCCCUGAGCUUUGUCAGGCAAUGCCAAGUAACAACCCGAUGACACCUAUGCCAACAACUGUAUUUUCCCCGGCGUAUGCAAACUCACCCCCCCGAACCGUGGACUCGAGGACCAUGAGGUCAUCGCCGCCCACUCAGCUCGAGCCAUCUAGAAAUGAGAUAUCACCAACUCCCACAAGUCCCGUUCUACCAUCUCUCUGCCCGGAUGUACCAUCACCGGAUGACCUAGAGCGGCGGUUAGAUGCCCUCUUCGAAGAGGAGGAAGAGGAGCUUAAGCCUCCGCCUGUCUGUCCCGAACAACUGACGACAACGGUAGAGACAGCCCCGGAGGAGGGGAGCCCGCCGGAUGAUCAACCGGUCACUUCUUCUAUGCUGGAGCUACCGAAGAUCCCCAUGCCUGUUUCUUUGCCUGACAAUGUCAACAUGAGCGCAGCGCCUUCACCCGAUUCGACACGAGUAAUUGCAAAGCCCAAGUCCCAGAAGAGAAAAUACCCUCGAAAACCUAAGCGGUUGAUGUCUGAUGGGGCAGCAUCCAGUGAAUUGGGAGAAGAGAGGGAGCCUGCUAAAAGAUCAAGGAGCGAACGACCACAACCCAAGCCUCGCACAGCUGCCCAUGUCAAGGAGAGGAUUGAAAUGCAAUUGGUUCAGGCAGUGACUCAAGGGAAAAUGCCCAACUUUUGCAUGAAUUGUGGGGCGAUUGAAACGCCUACGUGGAGAAAGGUCAUGAUUGCUAGGGAUGAUAACGAUGAGGAUACCAAGGGCAAGGACGUAAAGACCGAGAAGGGUGAGAAAGAGAUAUUGCUAUGUAACCCUUGUGGGCUCUGGCAUGCUUCGCACAAGACUAUGCGUCCGCAAGACUACUGGGAUGGAAAGAAGGAGGAACCCACGGCGCCGGUCAAGAAGCCCCGAGUAAGAAAACGCAAGCAGCCGGCGACAGCUAAGCAGAUGUCCAAGGAAGCCCAACAAUCGACUGCAACGCAACUACCAGGACCUCUUACUGGACCAAUUGUGGUGCUAGAUGAGGAGGAAGUGCCCCGGCAUGCGCCGGCAACGGUUCGGAAGAUCCUUGCAAUGACUCCUCGGGGGACGAGAUCCGUGAAGGGGGGUAAUCCGGAAUGGGAAGCUGCUUCUGAAGCUGCGAAGCGUGUUGUCCAAUCUAGUCCUAUAAAGCCCGGGACUGUGGAUAGUCCUAUUGAUUUGGAUGGCCUUGAGUCGAAGUCAAAAUCACCAAGACGGCUAUUGUUCACGAAGCCUAAUGUCAAUGGCGCAGCUAAUCCGCGACCACAGAGCUCUAGCGAUAGUGACCUAACAAGUAAAUCUUUCCAAGAGGAGACCACAGCAAGAGACGUCGGGAAGGAGAAUCGCGCCCCAAACUGCCUAGAGCCAAGGGCUCCUCCAGGCGUCACUGCACUCGAUAAACCGACAACCCCCCAGAAACGAAAAGUAGUCCCUCUAUACCCCCGAACACCCAUACGAACCGGUAGCAGAACAAACCUUGGCUCGCCCAGCCCCUGGAACGCCGCUAUAUUCUCCUCCGCCAAAAAGACGGGAAGUGGACUCUCACCCGAGCACCGCCGCCUCUCCUCUCCACAGCGUCGAAACCUCUCCCCGACAUCGGCCUUCCUAGAGAAGCUUUUGGAGGGCGCAGAUAUCGACAUUGCGUCGAGGAACCUAGAAGAAAUGUCUACGGAUAUCCUCGACACUUCACCAAACCAGCACCACCUCCCGGACUCGGCCUUCAAUUUUGGCGACGAUAUAUUCGGCACGGACAUGACCAUGCCUAGCUCCCCACCGCUGUUUAACCUGGAUGGUGUGGUGGGCAAUGACACUGUGAACAAUGCUCUUUGGAGCGAGUUCUUGCCGUCGACGCCGGACAUGGGCAACAUGACCUGCGGGCUUGACAUAUUUGAGGAUAUCCGUGGGGUUGAGGGGCGAGGGGAAGGGCAGAGUGAAGGUGCUGGUCCUGGUGAUGGUGAUGGGGAUGAGGAUGGGGAUGGAGGACAGAGGAGUGAGAGUAGUAGUGUUGUACCGACGCCUUCUACAACAAGUGGCGGCAGGGUGGACUUUUCGUCAUUUAUUGACGAUGUAUCAAAGGCUGUGGCUACAGGCGUUGGGGAGUAG